AUGUACAUCGCGUUAGCAUUUGCCCUGUUCCUGUUCAACUCAGGUCGCAUUCAGAAAGCCAUUGAGAUAUGGAACGAAUGUUUGGUUUUAAUAAAUAAAACCGAUCAAAACAGCAAAGGCCAAUUUACCUCACUACUGCUACUAAUUUACAAGGCCACUUAUAUUGCUCUUUUCAGCGCUUAUCGUAGUAUCUCUGACUACAUCAGUGCGGAAAGAUACGGCAUGAAACUGCUUGUCUUACUCAGCGAGACUGGUGACUUAGAAACAGAAGGAGAUAUAAGCAUGGCUCUAGCAGAGGUAAUUGAGAUUCAAAACAGGUUUACAGAUGCCAAAAAACUUUAUGAAAAAGCAGUUAAUAUAAAGAGACAAACUGGUGAAACAAAUGGAGAAGCAAGCGCCUGCACAAGAUUCGGAAAUAUGCUUCAUAAACUUGGCGAAAACUUAAAAGCGAAGGAGUAUCUUCAGAGGGCCCUUGCCAUAAGAACCGAAAUUGGCGACAGAAGAGGAGAAGCAGCUGACUACGGAAACCUAGGUACUGUGUUUCAUUCGCUCGGGCAAUACGACAAGGCUAAAGAGUAUCUCCAAAAAGCGCUUGUCAUCAGAACUGAGAUUGGCGACAGAGAAGGAGUAGCAGCUGACUACGGAAACCUAGGUACUGUGUUUCAUUCGCUCGGGCAAUACGACAAGGCUAAAGAGUAUCUCCAAAAAGCGCUUGUCAUCAGAACUGAGAUUGGCGACAGAAAAGGAGAAGCAGCUGACUACGGAAACCUAGGUACUGUGUUUCAUUCGCUCGGGCAAUACGACAAGGCUAAAGAGUAUCUCCAAAAAGCGCUUGUCAUCAGAACUGAGAUUGGCGACAGAAAAGGAGUAGCAGCUGACUACGGAAACCUAGGUACUGUGUUUCAUUCGCUCGGGCAAUACGACAAGGCUAAAGAGUGUCUUCAAAAAGCGCUUGUCAUCAGAACUGAGAUUGGCGACAGAGAAGGAGUAGCAGCUGACUACGGAAACCUAGGUACUGUGUUUCAUUCGCUCGGGCAAUACGACAAGGCUAAAGAGUAUCUCCAAAAAGCGCUUGUCAUCAGAACUGAGAUUGGCGACAGAAAAGGAGAAGCAGCUGACUACGGAAACCUAGGUACUGUGUUUCAUUCGCUCGGGCAAUACGACAAGGCUAAAGAGUAUCUCCAAAAAGCGCUUGUCAUCAGAACUGAGAUUGGCGACAGAAAAGGAGAAGCAGCUGACUACGGAAACCUAGGUACUGUGUUUCAUUCGCUCGGGCAAUACGACAAGGCUAAAGAGUAUCUCCAAAAAGCGCUUGUCAUCAGAACUGAGAUUGGCGACAGAAAAGGAGAAGCAGCUGACUACGGAAACCUAGGUACUGUGUUUCAUUCGCUCGGGCAAUACGACAAGGCUAAAGAGUAUCAUCAAAAAGCGCUUGUCAUCAGAACUGAGAUUGGCGACAGAAAAGGAGAAGCAGCUGACUACGGAAACCUAGGUACUGUGUUUCAUUCGCUCGGGCAAUACGACAAGGCUAAAGAGUAUUUCCAAAAAGUGCUUGUCAUUACAACUGAGAUUGGCGACAGAAAAAAAGAGGCAUCAUGUUACGGAAACCUAGGUGCUGUGUUUCAUUCGCUCGGGCAAUACGACAAGGCUAAAGAGUAUUGCCAAAAAGCGCUUAAUAUCAGAACUGAAAUCGGUGAUAAGCAAGGGGAGGCAGCAGAUCUUGCAAAUCUUGGAAUUAUGUCCAGAACUGUUGGAGAUUUUGAAGCUUCGGAAGUAUGCUUGGAGAAAGCUUUAUCCAUAUCCAGAGAUAUUGGAGAUAGAAGAAAAGCGUUCCAAAUUCUUCAAGAAUACGCUAUUUUGUAUCUUUUUCAAAAUAAAGUCGAGGACUCCCUCUCGUGUCUUCAACUUUGCAUUGAAAAGUAUGAGGAGCUCAGAUCUUUCUUGGGCGCCAAUGAUCAGUUCAAAACAUCAUUUCUGGAGCACUCAGGAAUAUUUCCCUACAAGCUGCAAUGUACUUUGCUUUGUGACACCGGAAAAACUCGUGAUGCUCUUUAUGUUGAGGAGUUGGGUCGAGCUAGAGGCCUAUCAGACUUGAUGGCAGAGAAGUACUCGGUUGAAACGCACAUCUCUGCUAAUCCCCAAUCUUGGUUUGGCAUUGAAAACAUUUUUAGAGAGAAAAACAACUGUACUUGUCUGUACAUUUCUUAUUUUCACAAUCAUCUGCAUUUGUGGAUCUUGAAAACAGGUGGAGUCCUUCACUAUAGAAGGAUAUCACCAGAAGAGAUUCUAGUUCAAGCUGGGAUGCCCAAAGACUUGCCUCUGAGUGAAUUUUUGGCUGAUAAUUUCCGGAGUCUCGGUAUUUUGCCCAUUGAAGAUUGUGAAGAUCGGUCUUUAAAUAUGGUUGAAUUGCAACCUCUCUCCCCCGAACAAAAGAGCUCAGCAAGAUUGCGACUCCUGGAGGAGGGUGAGGACGAGAAAGUCAUUUCAAGUCUAUAUUUGUGUUACAAAUUGUUUAUUGCCCCCGUUUAUCAUUUGUUUGAGGAGCCUGAAGUGAUUAUUGUUCCUGACCGCAAUUUGUACAAAGUUCCCUUUGCUGCCCUGAGUGAAAAGGAGGGAGCCGAAUACCUGUCAGAGACUCAUAGGAUCCGUGUCAUUCCUUCUUUGACGACACUCAAGACCAUUCAAGAUAGUCCAGAAGACUAUCACAGCAACACUGGUGCCUUGAUAAUAGGCAAUCCCAAGGUUGAUGGGCUGCUGCCAUUGCCAGGUGCAAGAAAGGAAGCGGAGAUGGUCGGACGACUGGUGGGCGUUCCCCCACUGGUUGAAGAGGAAGCAACGAAGCAGGCAGUAAUUGAGCGGAUAAGUUCAGUGAGCCUAAUACAUUUUGCUGCCCAUGGUAACGCCGAAAGGGGAGAAAUUGCCCUCUCCCCCAUUCCUUCUGUCAACAGUCGAAACGCUAUCCUACCAAAGGAGGCUUACAUGUUGACGAUGGCUGAUGUCUCACGAGUGAAAGUCAGAGCCAAACUGGUGGUACUUAGCUGCUGUCACAGUGGAAGUGGAGAGAUAAAAGCCGAGGGAGUUAUAGGAAUUGCCCGUGCGUUCUUAGGAUCCGGUGCUCGCUCGGUGUUGGUUGCGCUGUGGGCCAUUUCAGACUCAGCAACAGAGAAGCUGAUGAGUCGGUUCUACGAACACCUUGUUGAAGGAGAAAGUGCCAGUGAAUCCCUUCAUCAGGCCAUGAAGUGGAUGAGAAAAAACGGCUUGACCAAUGUGUCUGAGUGGGCUUCGUUUACGCUGAUUGGAGAUGAUGUUAAGCUCGAGUUCACAAACAGAGGAAAACAGACCCUGACAAAGUAAAUAAUGAGAGUUACUUGAAGGAAACAGAGCUAAAAGACUUU